UAUCUUAUUUUCUUCUUCUUCACCUUCUUCAUUCUUCUAUAUAUACAUCUUGUAAGCUUCUUUGUCUUUAUCUUGUCGGUUUUUCGAUGGUGCAAACAGAUACAGAUCGUAGGAUGGGGCUUAAUUUGAAUUUGUCUAUUUACUCUUUACCAAAACCCUUAUCUCAAUUUCUCGAUGAACUGUCGAGGAUCAAAGACAAUCAUUUGAAACUGUCUGAAAUCGAUGGAUAUGUCGGUAAAUUGGAGGAAGAGAGGAAAAAGAUCGAUGUUUUUAAAAGAGAGCUCCCUUUAUGCAUGCUCUUAUUGAACGAUGCGAUUGGGAAGUUGAAGGAAGAGGCUAGAAAAGGGUCAUCAGUGAUGGCAUCAAAUGGCUUCGAUGCGGGUGAAGGGGCAAAACUGGAAACUGAUAAUAAGAAGAACUGGAUGAGCUCUGCCCAGUUAUGGAUCUCGAACCCUAAUUCCAAAUUGCAAUCGACAAACGAAGAAGAAGAUCGGUGUGUGACUCAGAACCCAUUUCAGACCGGUAAUUACCCUAAUCAGGGAAGGGAAUUUCUGCCUUUUAACGUUCCUCCACCACCUCCUCCUCCUCAAGCUACAGCUCCUCUGCCCCUCAUGACACCAACAUCACAAAUGAUGAUGGACUGUAGCAGAAUUGAGCAGAAUCAUCAUCAAUUGAACAAACCUUUACAGAGUCACCACAUUCAGAAGAAAGAGCAGAGAAGGAGGUGGUCACAAGAUCUUCACCGCAAAUUCGUUGAUGCUCUUCACAGGCUUGGAGGGUCACAAGUGGCUACACCAAAGCAAAUUAGGGAUUUGAUGCAAGUUGAUGGUUUAACCAAUGAUGAAGUAAAGAGCCAUUUACAAAAAUAUAGAAUGCAUAUCCGUAAGCAUCCGCUGCAUCCGGCAAAGACUUUAUCACCCUCGGAUCAACCCGUUUUGUUAGAUAGAGAAACACAGAGCUUAAUAAGUUUGUCGAGGUCGGAUUCUCCUCAAAGCCCACUUGUUGAAAGAGGGUUGUUCAGUAAUAAUGUUGGCCAUAGCUCAGAGGAAGCAGAGGAGGAAGAUGAGGAGGAGAAAUCUGAUGGACGUAGCUGGAAAAGUGAAUCAAAGGAGAAGAGACAAGUGUUGGAUCUUGAGCUUUGAAGAAAUAUCAUAAUACUCUGCAUAGUGAUGAUAAAAUUACCAACUUAUGUUAUUAUAUGCUCGAAACUUCAAGUUUGUUCGGGAGUUUUUGUAGAAGUAAACAUGAGAGGGAAAUAAGGUGAG